GGGAGGGGGGGCAUUUCUGCAGAUUUUGGGAAACCGACGCACGCACACACACACACACACACGCGCACACACACAGAGACACACACAACCUCUGGCUGCGCGCGCGCGAGGUGCCACAUCGGAACGGAAUAUAAGCGAUCGUCAUGCUGCUGAUCCUCCUGCAGUUGUUGGUGCUCGUGUCGUGCGAUCCUCCGCGGUGUGACCCGGCAUUUCGAGGGCAGUGCAAGCCAACAGUGGAAGACAAACCCAAAUGCACGGACGUGCUUCUGUCCUACUGCGACGACAUGGCCUACCCCCAGACCAUGUUCCCCAACAUCCUCGGCCACAAGACCCGCGAGGACGCCGAGUCAGGCGCCGAGUACCUCCUCGUGAGCGUGGCCGAGUCUCUGCUGGGGGGGGUGUGCAACCCUGACAUCCGCAUGCUGGGCUGCUCCGUGUUGGCGCCCCGGUGCGAGAAGGAGAAGGUGCUGAAGCCCUGCCGCGCCGCCUGCGAGGCGGUGCGUAAGAGGUGCGGCCACGCCUUCGAGGGGAUCGACAUGGCCUGGCCCUACUUCCUGGACUGCGACCGCUUCUUUGCCAGCGAGCAGGAGGGAUGUUACGACCCGCUGGAGGGCCUCAGAGCCGAGGAGGACGCAGAGGCCCUUGACAGCAUGGAAACGGCUCCUGCGGAAGACCCGGCCAUGGCGAUGCGGUUCACCUACCACACCAACGCUCAGAUGGUCGGCGUCCUGAAGAAGAUCGAGGAGCGGUGCUCCGACGUGGCGAGAACCUACAGCAUCGGCCGCAGCACGGAGGGCAGGGAGCUGCUGGUAAUCGAGUUCUCAAACAACCCCGGACGACAUGAACUGCUCGAGCCAGAGUUUAAGUACAUCGGCAACAUGCACGGAAAUGAGGUCCUGGGCCGCCAGCUGCUGAUCUACUUGGCUCAGCACAUGUGCUCAGAGUAUCAGCUGGGCAACGAGCGCAUCCAGACCCUCGUCAACACCACCCGCAUCCACAUUCUGCCCUCCAUGAACCCCGACGGAUACGAGGCGGCGGUUUCUGGACUCCCGGACAACAACUACGGGGACGACGAGGAGCAGGGUCCCAGAUAUGAAUCUUGGAACAUCGGCCGCAGCAACGCCCAGAACAUCGACCUGAACCGGAACUUCCCGGACUUGACCUCGAUCGCUUACGGCCGACGCAGACAGAAGCGCCACCGCACCGACCACAUCCCGAUCCCAGACCGUUUCUGGUUUGGUAAGGUCGCACCAGAGACUUAUGCUGUCAUGAAAUGGAUCCGCUCCAUCCCUUUCGUGCUCUCCGCCAACUUCCACGCCGGGGACCUGGUGGUGUCCUACCCCUACGACCUGUCCAAACACCCGCAGGAGCGCAACAUGUUCUCCCCGACGCCGGACGACAAGGUGUUCAAGCUUCUCGCGAGAACAUAUGCAACUGCACACGAGACGAUGUCCAGUGAAAAUGCCCAGUGUGGGACGUCCCAUACGAACAGCCCCAAGGGAACUGUUAAUGGAGCGCAGUGGUCCAGCAUUGCAGGUGGCAUGCAAGACUUCAACUAUCUCCACACCAACUGCUUCGAGUUGACCGUGGAGCUGGGCUGUGAUAAAUUCCCUCCCGAAGAGGAACUGUAUGUCGGCUGGCAAGAAAACCACGAGGCUUUGAUCGAAUUCAUGGAAGCGGUCCAUUUAGGUAUCAAAGGAAUCGUUAAAGAUGAGGAGGGCAACGCCGUCAAAGGUGCACAAAUAUCGGUCCGAGGAAUACGGCAUGACAUCACCACAGCUGAAGACGGAGACUACUGGCGCCUCCUCACCCCCGGCAUCCACAUCGUGACCGCCUCGGCGCCCGGCUACUCCAGAAGCAUGAAGAAAGUCCACCUGCCCCGGCGCAUGCCUGCGGCGGGCCGGGUGGACUUUGUGUUGCAGAGAGCCGCACCGGAGCUCGACCCGCCGGAGGAGGAUGAGGACGGCCCGUUGACGGGCACCCACGACCGCUUCGACCCGUACAACCAGUACGAGCGCUACGCCCUGAUGUCGGAUUCGAGCCAGAACCGCGAGGAAAGGGCGGAGAAGCCCUGGUGGUGGAACUACUUUGUCGUGCCGGGAGGCCCCGCGCCAACCUGGCUGCUAAAGCACUACUAAGAAAGAUGGCGUCGACUCCUCCAGCGUCCACAAAGCAGCGUAGAAUGUAUUGCUUUUUAUUGACGUUGCAAUGAGUCAAAGCAUUGAGCCUUUUACCUACAACAAUACUUAGUUAAUAGAAGUAUGUAAAGAACUUUUAUAACAAUUUCACAGCGGAAAUAAAUCUAUAAGCUCACUCA